AUGACCGGACUAUAUUCGAGACCACUGGUGCAGGUGAUUCUUGUUGGGAUCGUAUUAUUGCUCACCUCGGGAAUGUUUAAUGCUUUGAAUGGUAUGGGUGGGGGUGGACAAUUAGAUACAAAAAUGGCAUCAAAUGCAAAUGUGGCAUUAUACACAACAUUCUCAGUUGGAGGUCUAGUGGCUGGAGGAAUUGUUAACAUAAUAGGACCGAAAUAUGCGAUGGCAAUCGGUGGAACUACUUUUGCUUUGUAUGCUGGCUCUUUACUGAACUAUAAUCAUAAUAAAAAUGACGCAUUCGUUAUUGCAGCUGGUGCUUUACUUGGUCUUGGCGCUGCGUUAAUUUGGACCGGUGAAGGUGCCAUUGUGACUUCUUAUCCCUCCGAGAAAAAUAAAGGAAAAUAUAUUGGGAUUUUUUGGGGGAUAUUUAAUCUAGGUGCUGUGCUCGGGUCAAUAAUCCCAUUAGUGUUGAAUUGGAAUUCAAAAGAGGGAUCUGUAAACGAUGGCACAUAUAUAGGAUUCUUGGUUUUGAUGAGCUUAGGGUCACUUUCUGCAUUGGCAUUGUUACCUCCAAGUAAAGUGUUUCAUAAAGACGGUCGUGCCGUAGCGGUCGAAAGAUUCCCUUCAUGGACCUCAGAAUCAAUCAAGAUUAUGAAAUUAUUUCUUGAUUGGCGAAUGAUUUGUUUGAUUCCAAUGUUUUUGGCGAGUAACUGGUUUUACGCGUAUCAGUUUAACGAUGUGAAUGGAUUCUAUUUCAACAUACGAACUCGUGCAUUCAACGAUAUCUGGUAUUGGAUUGCACAAAUAUUUGGCGCAUUAGUCUUUGGAAAAUUUCUAGACACCCCACUUUUCGGUAGACGACAACGAGCAAUCUUUGGCCUAUUGAUUCUCUUUUUCACUUUUAUGGCUACUUGGAUUGGCGGGCUGAUUUUCCAACUGACAUAUAGACGUAGUGAUACGAUUACGCCAAUGGAUUUGUUUGAUCGUGGAUUUUACAAAGCGAUCCAAUCAGCUGGUGGGGCAAUAUCCUGGCGAAUUGACGCAGUUGGUACCGCAUUCCUUCCUCAACUUCUUAUUUGCUGGAUUCUACUGAUUGUCUCAAUUCCUGGCGCGAUGAUUGUCGCAUUGAAUGUUAAGGAAACUAAUUAUCUGACGGAUAAUAGCGCUGAUAUUGAAAAGUCGGGUAUUGGCGAUGGUAAAGUAGGCAGUGGUGAUAAUAAUGAGCUGGCAACCACAUUUUAA